AAAUAAAUCAAACACAAACGGGCGACCUCUACAGGCCUACAUCUGAGUACAAAUAUUCAGCUCAGAUCCGUUCAGACUUCGGAAGCGUUCUACAUCUACAAACAGAAUGGCCGAACCCGCUGGUAUGACCAAAAAUCCUGGCAUGCCAGGUCUGUUUGACUUCUUCGAGUAUGAAGGUAUUCCAAUGCCUGGAGUCGUCCUUAAAUCUAGUCUAGAUGAACUCAAGACAUUCGAAGUCAGAUCAGAUGACGUCUGGAUAUGCACAUAUCCCAAAUCAGGUACCCACUUCAUCAUGGAGAUGACAUCACUCAUAUUAGCAGAUGGUGAUCCAUCCAAGAUCGACCGAACAACCCACCUAGCAACCAUUUCCAUGUUAACCAUGGACCGCCCACUGACCGUGGACUCCCAGCAACAGAGAGAUGAAGCACCGCCCACAUUAUCACCCAAACCAUUCAUGGAUGUGAUCAAGAAGGCCCCCUCACCUAGAAUGAUAGCAUGUCAUCUGCCCUUUCAGCUUCUUCCACCGGAUAUUGAAAAGAAAGCUAAGGUUAUCUACGUGGCUCGUAACCCUAAAGACAUGGUUGCUUCAGCAAUGAGAUUCACAGAGAAAACUGUUGCUUAUCCAGGAGGCUUCAACCAAAUGAUUAUUGAUAUGAUGAAUGGUGCCUUCUCAUAUGGCUCCUGGUUUGAUCACGUAAUGGGAUAUUGGAACAAGCGAAAUGAAGAAAACGUUCUCUUUCUGAAAUUUGAAGAAAUGAAAAUGAAUUCUGCAGAUGUAGCUCAAAGAGUUGGACAACACCUAGGGCGCCCUCUCUCACCUGAGAUCCUUGAGAAGGUUGUGACAGGGAGUGGUUUUGAAGGGAUGAAGAAGACCUAUGACAAGAUAGAGAAAUCUUCAGACAAAGGCAAAUAUUUGACCAAAGCUGCAGGUCAAAUGUCAUUCAUGCAGAAAGGUGUGAUUGGAUCCUGGAAAGAAAGAUUUACAGUGGCCCAGAAUGAAGCCUUCAACAAAUGGUACCAAGACAAGUUUGCAGGCUCUGAUUUGCAAUUUAAAUUUGAAUAAUUUCAUUUAACAAACACAAACUGUCUUUCAUAAUCAUAUAACUGAUGCACUUUUUUCAGUAAGAAUUUCUAGUGUUAUAGUGGAAAGUGAUUUAAGGCACUGUUCAAAGACAGAAACAUUACUGUAAAUGUGACCUACCAUCCCAAAACCACUAAUAAGCUGCCAGGUAAAAUUCUCUGUAAAUAGCCAAAAUAGUAAUUUAGUCUAAAAAAAAUAAAAAAAUAGCUUAUCUGGAAGAGCAAUCCUUCGUUUUCAUACUGUGAAAAUUUGAAGUAGUGAAGUUGAAUAAAAGAAAAGAUACAAGAGUUCCUUGGACACUAUUUUUCAGACUGCUUGGAAGUUUCACUGAGAUUACACAGUAUGCACAUCUCAUGCUUGAGUGCAGGGGCGUCGAUCCAUUUUUG